AUGAGUGACCAAAUUAUUGAGAUUUCUAAGUUUGACAAAAUACUGUGCACUCGACUUGCGGGUAUCUCAGAUUUGAUAGCCGCUGAAGCCAAGUACCAUUUCAAAUGCUUCAGUGCAUCUAAACGAUUAAGGGAUAAGACAAAGAGUGAAAUGAAAGACAAUGACUUAGCAUUGGUUUGGUUGUCCAAAGAAUUGGAGUAUGCUGCUGACAAGGGCCAUGUUAGUAGACUUGAUGACGCAUGGGAAAGAUACACUAUAUUAGCCGAAAAAGACGCCAACACGCUUCCUUCUUCUUUUAUCAGUCGAAAGGCGACUUUUAAGGACAAACUUAUGCAUAUGGUUGGAGACAUUAUAGAGUGCGUGCAAUCAAUUGAAAGGCGGCUGUCUGAGUGUCACACCUUGCUAAUUCCCAAAAAGUGCGCUAAAAUGGUUCUGUCCCAGUUAGUAGCCCAGGGUACGGCUGACAAAGAAGACGAUGAACCAACUCUGCAUGUUUAUUACCAACAAGACAAUCUCCACUCUCUUGUUCAUGUUGUGUUGAUGAUACGUGCUGAUGUGCGGGAGAAACGAUUGUGGUAA